AUGAAUUCGGACAAUAAUAUUAAGAAAUUAACAGAGAUGGGGUUUAGUGAGGAGCAAGCGGCUAAAGCAUUAAAUAUUACUAAGAAUGAUGUGGAAUCGGCAAUUGCUUAUCUUUUCGAAGAUCCUAUUGAAAUUGAUACCCCAAACGCUAACGAUCAAUUGGUACCAUAUAAUGAUAGCAUAAAUGUACUGAACCCAAACGAUAUACCAGAUUUUUCACUGUAUCAGACAGUGCCUCAAGAAUAUGGAUCGGUAUCAGAAAAUGUACAAUAUGACGAAGAAGAGAGGACAGAAGAACAGGACGAGGAUAUAGGCUUCGAACAUUAUGAAUAUUUUGAAAGGCCGGCAGAUGUCUGUAUAUUCGACAAUGUAAACAAUAUGCAAAAGGAGGAUGGACCACCAGUGAUAUUAAAUAGAAGAUGUGGAUUUUUGGAAAACUACUAUAUCCCUAUAAUUACAAUAUUAGCACAAUUGACUGAAGUCAAAUCAACAUUUUUAAAAUCUCUCGGAUACGAACUACAAUAUGACAGUAACUGGGCAAUCGGCAAACCACAGAAUAUUAAUAUCCCUUCCGAUUUGGACGAGCUGAAAGAAUCUUCGUUCAAGUUUUUCAUUGAAUUACAGAAAGCCAUAGGUUUCUUAGAUGGCCAAAGCAAGAGAUCAUUUAUAAGUGGGGACUGUUUGAUUGUCAGCUUGCCUAAUGAUAUGAAGAAGCGUUUAGUAAAUAACAGAAUUGAAACUGUGGACGAACUAUUACCCAAGUUAUAUGAAAGUUUGCAAGAUAAUUAUGAUGCGAUGUUUGGUCAUGAGGAUAUCGUUGACAAGUUAUUUAAAUCAAGUGUGGAAAGCGUUAAUGAAGAGUUAAUUAAUAAUAUUUUCACAUUUGACGUUGAUGCCGAAUAUAGACAUAAAUCGCUAUAUGACAGUUUUAAUGAAUUAUUCUGGGGUAGUGACUUAGAAAUGCUUGGCAACGUUAGGUUAAUCGAUACAUCCAAAAUAUUAACCAUUCAGCUAGUUGGAGAUGAGGAUUCAUAUGCUGAUACUAAUUUCCAAGUUGACGAAGUGUUUUAUCCUGAAUUAUAUAGUUCGGAAUACUAUCCUAUAGUCAGUGAGAUGAAUAACAGAAGAAAUGAAAUAAUUAAACAAAGAAUGAAGAUUAGUAAUGAAAUCAUGCAACUCAACUCCUUUGAAGGAAAGAAGGUUAAGGGCUUCUUGAAGACUACAAUUGAAUAUUUGAAAGGGCAAGGUAAUGAUACAAAUGAUUUGUACCAAUUAAGUGAGAAAAUCGAUAAUCAAAAAGUUACGCUUACCAAAGACUUGGAUAGCUUGAAUGAGCUGUAUACAAGAUUAGAUAUCAGAAAUUAUGAAAAUGUCUUGGAGAAUAUCCGGAGCCAAGAUGUUAAGUUUCCUACUAAAUAUGCUUUAAUUGGUAUAGUUCUAUCCGAUUCUGAGUACUAUUAUAAGUACAAGGGGUCCAGUACCUGGAUUUACCAAAAAGGUAUCUAUUCUUCUAAUAAUAUUGUUGUGGAUUACGAAAUUGAUGAACUUGAUUUUAUGGCCAUACAGCAAGAUAUUUUGCAAUAUACUACGACUGGAGCCAAACCAAUGCUGUUGAUAUAUGCAUCAGUUGAUAUUUUGGAUAACAGUUUUAGCCUUGACAAUAACAAACUACAUGACUUUUUUACCUCAGACAACACCGAAUACAGCAAACAGUUAGCCGAGGCUGAAGUCUCAAGAAAAGAUAGGGAUAUGGGUGAUCGCGAAGAUAUGAAGCAACGUCUGAGUGAUUCGAGUGAACUGAAUAGCCCUGAACAGGAUGAGAAUGAAGACCGCAAUGACGAUACUUUGAUUGAUUUAUAG